AUGGGAGAGUGGGUUAUUGGAGCAUUCAUCAACCUUUUUGGCAGCGUCGCCAUUAACUUUGGCACUAAUCUUCUUAAACUGGGUCAUGAUGAGAGAGAGAAACAAUCUAUGGCUGACAGCGAUGGGACAAAUGGAAAAGCUCUAAUGAAGCCUAUCAUAUACUUCCACACGUGGAGAAUUGGUAUUCUCUUUUUUGUUUUUGGAAAUUGUCUUAAUUUUAUUUCCUUUGGCUAUGCUGCUCAGUCCCUCCUUGCAGCUCUGGGAUCUGUCCAGUUUGUGUCAAACAUUGCAUUUGCCUUCUUUGUGCUGAACAAAACUGUGACAGUCAAAGUACUUGUUGCUACAGCCUUUAUUGUUCUUGGAAAUGUCUUCCUGGUUGCUUUUGGGAACCAUCAGUCACCAGUUUACACAACUGAGCAGUUGGCAGAGAAGUAUGGCAACACUACUUUCCUGGCUUACUGUCUGAUUUUGGUUGUAGUUGUGAUCUUGAAUCAUUCAUUGUACAGAAAAGGAGAACUGCUGCUAAUUUUUCCAGGGAAUGACGUGAAGCACUAUUGGCACAUGCUUCUUCCACUUUCAUACGCCAUUGUUUCUGGUGCUGUUGGGUCAUGUUCAGUGUUGUUUGCAAAGUCUCUAUCAAAUCUCUUAAGAUUGUCGUUUUCAAGUGAUUAUCAAUUGCAUAGUUGGUUCACAUACUCCAUCGUCAUAUUGUUUUUCAGUACAGCUGGAUUUUGGAUGGCAAGGCUUAAUGAAGGAUUGUCACUGUUUGACGCAAUACUUAUUGUUCCCAUGUUUCAGAUUGUUUGGACAUUUUUCUCCAUUUGUACAGGAUUUGUAUAUUUCCAGGAAUAUCAGGUAUUUGAUGCAUUGCGAACUACGAUGUUCAUUCUAGGAAUGAUUUCUGUAUUCAUAGGCAUUUCUUUGCUUGCUCCAGAUGAAUUGAGAGGAGGAGAAAUCAAAGAUACAGCUCUGGGUUCUUUAGCUGCUAGUCAUCACAAUGAUGUGGACAGAUCUGUCAUGCCUUGUGAUGAUUCACAAAUGAAAAAUAUGGGAUCACUUAUGCAUACGGUGCAGAUGAAAGCCGCGAACAUGAUUGUUAAGAUUAAGGCUGCUUGUUCAUUAUCAUUGGGUUUAGGAGAAGAAUCAAUUCAUGCUUCAUCAGUUCUUGCGAUGCCCAUGGUUUCGUCUAAAAUAACUGGUUUUCGAGCCAAUGGUUUGGACAGGAACAAGUUAUUUGCGUAUAGAGCCCCAGGUUGGAGUGGGAUUGACGAGGAUGGUGUGAAGUUGCUGCUCACGGUGGUGUUCGGGGUCGCCGGUGGUGGACGAAUGACCACGAUUUUGGGGCCCGACGAGGCUUGGGCGAUGAUGAUUUCCGGUCCGAUCGUAGAGAAGAAAUGUGUGACAUGGGUCGAGAGCUUAGCUUUCUUGGAUUGCCCAGUCCGUUAA